AGUUAAUCAUUUAAAUUCAAUAAAAAUUAACACAACAAAGAGCUUAAAUGCAUAUGAGUAAUGGAACGUGCUUCAUCUUACAAGCCCGGCGACAUACCAUUGGAGCAGACCGACGAUCGCCGAUUGUUCUGUAAAUUCCAUUACAAAGGUGUCCUCAGUAUUCUCAUACCUAUAGUAUGCGGUCCCAUUUUACUAGGAAAACCUGUAAUGGCUUUGCGCUUUGUGUACAUAACAACAUGUUUGUAUUUAUAUUAUAUCUUUGAUAUAAUGUCCACAGGCGCCGUUGCCCUUGCCUACGUAGUAUUUGCACCCAUAGCUGGCAUUGCGGAUUCGCCAAAAGUAUGCACCGCCUACUAUACGGAUAUACUCUUCUUGGUUUAUGGCUGCUGCUUCCUGGCCAUCACGAUGCAAUCCUCGAGGCUCCACGAGCAUCUGGCCUUCAUCGUCAUCCGAUGCGUUGGCAGCAACAUAACAAUGCUUCAGCUAUUUCUAGCCAUUGGAGUAUUUGUCAUUGCCUUUUUGGCUAAUCCCACGGCAGCUGUUGCCUUUUGGAUCACAGUGGCCAAAGCCGUCUUGACGGAAUAUGAUAAUGCCGGCGUUUUGAAGAUGAACUCUGAGGAGAAGCUCUACGAGCCAGGGGGUGCCCCUUAUCCAACGCUACCCGUGGUCGGAAUCUACUUAACCCUCUGCUAUACCGCCACAUUGGCUGGAGCUGUGUCCCCCAUUGUGAAUCCCAAUAGUAAUAUUAUUGAUGCUUUCGUUGGGCAGCUGAAGUUUGAGCACAUCAUAUUGAUAAUGAUAGUACCAAUCGUUAUGGGUCUCUGUGUCAUGAUCCUUUGGAUCCAAAUCAUAUUCCUUGGCCUGCUCGGUGGUCCCAUUAAGCGUGAAUUGAAGGAAUUGUCCAACAAUGCGACAGGUUUCCAGGAAUCGAUUGAGGCCAGGAAACAGGACCUGGGACCCUGGAAAGUCAAUGCCAUAUUAUCUUUUAUCUUGAUCUUGAUUAUUUUCAUUAUAAUGCAUACCCGAAAGCCGCGUAUCUACCCCGGCUGGGAUGAUAUAUCGCCAACGAUCUUAUCCGGCUACUCGGUCCAGUCCCUGGGCGUAGUCAUCCUUUUUGCUGCGAUCCCGGCGAACUUUCUAUUCUGCCGGUAUUAUGCCUGCCGAAGGCCGGACAAGCCGGGUACGGCUCCUUCGCUCCUGGGCUGGAAGGCCGUAAAUAAGCGUACCCCCUGGGGUGAGAUAAUAAUGCUGGGCGCAGCAUUCUGUUGUGUAUUUUGUGCCAAGGAGAGUGGUUUAUACAAGGCCAUUGCCAAGGCCAUGUCAGAGCCACGCGGUGACUUCCUUCAGUUCUUGUGUGGUGCGUGCUAUGGAACCCUGUUCACGAUCCUUUCUCCGGCAGCUGCUGUGGCUAGGCUGGCGCUUCCCAUAAUGAGAACUGCAGGUAACAACUUUGCCCUGCCCUUUGCCACCGCACUUCACAAUCAAUUUAUGCUGCCAAUCAGUGCACCGGCCAACACCAUCGUCUCUGGCUUAGGCAAUGUCAGGCCCUUUCUUUUUUUGUUCGCUGGCAUAAUUCCGACUCUAUUCAUGAUGGUGAUGAUUACCACCUCGACCUGUUUUUUAUUUGGCACCGCACUGCCCAAAGAUAGUUUAAAAAAUAUGACUGAAAGCCUUAGCAAAAAUGUAAUUGAUUGGUAAAAAUUAAUAGCUAUUAGUAAUGAUUUUCAGUAAUCCAAAUUUAAUGUUUUAUAAACAUGAAUACAAAUAAAGUCUAUACUAUACCUAUUUUCUA